CACAACUCUUCGACCUGCACUUGUUCCAGAUUCCGGUCGAAUCCGUCGGCUACCCAUGCGUCCGAGUCAACGGGGGACGUGGCACAACGGGAUCGACAUGGUUGGUCCGCGAGAAGGACGCGGUGCUAGCGCUCCCAAGAUCUCGCGAGUCUUGCUCGCAGUAGAUCAAGAGCGAAUUCAGGAUUCGCGACCACACCAGUCGUAACAACUUUGACUCACGGCACCGACUGCGUGAUUGCCUUGCGGUCGCGUAAAUAGCUCGUGCGACCGACAAUGCAUGAACGGCUUGGGUGGAAGGCUAGCAAGCACAUUGCUUUGGCCACUUGCAUUGUAUCCUGGGCAUUCUUCUAUCGGCAAACAUUGGUCCUUAGCGAAGCCAUUGAGUGAUGUGACACAGUGUAAGCGUGCGCGAGCCACCAUGGACUUGGUUGAAAGCAUGCACAUGACGACAAAGCGAAUGGAAGGCACAAGAACGCGUCCUGACAACAACACGCAGCCGCAGGCGGCGGAUGGGAAGAGUCAACUUGGAGUCAAAACGUUCCAGCAAAUCGUACCAGGACUACCAUGGCCUUGCAGCACUGCCCAGUGUCUCGGCACAGUUCGCAGCGGUCAGAUAUCAUUCCAAUUGCGUCAACUGCCGCGGUAUUCGGUAACGGAGGAGCAAUGAAUGUGUCAUUGCCCACCGGCAUGACAUGGUUCGAGGAAUCAAGCGGUGCGUUGGCCACGGUGUCGAUGGUGCU